CGGGGGCCUGUGUGUGUCAGACUUCCCAACGUGGGCAUCCCGGGAGGUCACUCUCCCCGGGCCCUGUCCUGGUGGCACAUGGGAGCUGAGGGCUCUGCCCCGUGACGUACAGUCCCCUUCCACGACGUUGGAGAGAAAGCCGGGCCUUCGGGUCUGCGCCUGCAUAUUCCUACAGCUUCCCAGAGUCCAUGGACCGUGACUGGGGAGACAAACCAUGCAGGAAACAGCUCUAGGCUCGCUGCUGGGGCGCCGGCUCGCGAGGAAAUCAUGUUUGACUCUGAUCUUCACGCUUCUCUUUCAGGAGAGCAAAGGAGCAGAAUGUGGUGUUUGGACAUCGAUGGUGGACAAGAACAUGCCACCCAAGCGCAUGGCCAAGAGAAGGUCACCCCCAGAAGAUGCCAUCCCCAAAAGCAAGAAAGUGAAGGUCUCACACAGGUCCCACAGAACAGAAGCAGGCUUGGUGCUGACACUGGGCCAAGGCGACGUGGGCCAGCUAGGGCUGGGUGAGAGUGUGAUGGAAAGAAAGAAGCCAGCUCUGGUACCCAUUCCAGAGGAAGUUGUGCAGGCCGAGGCCGGUGGCAUGCAUACUGUUUGCCUAAGCAAGAGUGGCCAGGUCUACUCCUUCGGCUGCAACGAUGAGGGCGCCCUGGGAAGGGACACGUCCGCGGAGGGCUCAGAAACAGUGCCUGGGAAGGUGGAGCUGCAAGAGAAGGUGGUGCAAGUGUCCGCAGGAGACAGCCACACAGCAGCCCUCACCGAGGAUGGCCGCGUCUUCCUGUGGGGAUCCUUCCGGGACAACAAUGGUGUGAUUGGGCUGCUGGAGCCCAUGAAGAAGAGCAUGGUGCCCGUGCAGGUGCAGCUGGAUGCUCCUGUGGUGAAGGUGGCUUCAGGAAAUGACCAUUUGGUGAUGCUGACGACCGAUGGCGACCUCUAUACCUUGGGCUGCGGGGAGCAAGGCCAGCUGGGUCGUGUGCCUGAGUUAUUUGCCAACCGUGGUGGCCGGCAGGGUCUGGAGCGACUCCUGGUCCCCAAGUGUGUGCUGCUGAAAUCCAGGGGAACCCGGGGCCAUGUGAGAUUCCAGGAUGCCUUCUGUGGUGCCUAUUUCACCUUCGCCAUCUCCCGAGAGGGCCAUGUGUAUGGCUUCGGCCUCUCCAACUACCAUCAGCUUGGAACCCAAGGCACAGAGUCCUGCUUCAUACCCCAGAACUUGACAGCCUUCAAGAACUCCACCAAGUCCUGGGUGGGCUUCUCAGGGGGUCAGCACCACACGGUCUGCAUGGACUCUGAAGGAAAAGCAUACAGCCUGGGCCGGGCUGAAUAUGGGCGACUGGGCCUGGGUGAGGGUGCCGAAGAGAAGAGCGUCCCCACCCUCAUCUCCAAGCUGCCUGCUGUCACCUCCGUGGCCUGUGGGGCCUCUGUGGGCUAUGCUGUGACCAAGGAUGGUCGUGUCUUUGCCUGGGGCAUGGGCACCAACUACCAGCUGGGCACGGGGCAGGACGAGGACGCCUGGAGCCCCGUGGAGAUGACAGGAAAGCAGCUGGAGAACCGUGUAGUGUUGUCUGUGUCCAGCGGUGGCCAGCACACAGUCUUGUUAGUCAAGGACAAGGAACAGAGCUGAUGAAGCCUCUGGGGGCUGGCCUGGCCCUCGCCCACCCUCGUGGAACAGAGAUGCGGUGACAACUCCAGAUCCCAGCAGGCCCUUCCCCAGCCCUGAGCACUGUUAUCGCCUGCCAUUCUCCCAUCAGCAGAACAGAAUCCUUUUCCUCUUC